AUGGAGGAAGAGCGACUCUGGAAGUUCCGCAAGCCCGAAUGGCUUAACAGCAUCUGGGCCCGGAAUGCCGGUGUAUACGCCGCUGGCGGCCUUUUCUCUCUCGCCUUCUACGUCAUGCUCGAUUCUGCCGUCUGGUCCAAGUCUACCAAGAACGGCUCCGACAGCGUCCACGUCACCUUUAUCGACUGGCUACCCCUCAUCUUCUCCUCCCUCGGAAUGCUCAUCAUCAACAGCGCCCGCGUCGUCCUCUUUCUCGGUUUCGCCGCCCUAGCCGGAGGCAUGGCUGGUGGUGUCACGGUCUUCGUCCUCAAGUUCGUUGUCCAGGACGUCAAGAUGCCCGCUCUGGGCAUGGGCAUUGAGAAUGUUGUUGCGAAUGCGCUGGUUGGCCUAAGCUCCGCCGUACUCUGGAUCAGCCAAAACAUGGAGGACGAAUACUCUUACAACCUCGCUCUAUAA